AACAAAAGAAGGCGCAGUCGGGGAACUGAAGAGGAAACGGACUGCAAGAAAAAACGCUCAGACGCACUGUGAAACCCGAUGUACAGUCCUUAAAUUAACGACUUUCCUAUUUUAUUUCUUCCGCGAAGAAACCUCACGUUUUUCUAUUUUUCGAAAAGUGACGAAUCUACCUCCGUUUUAAGGAUUUUUAUCUCUAUCUGGGGUCGUUUACAUCUCCUCUUUCUGCCGCAGGGCUUUUUUGUACUUUUGCACUCGUUGACUUGUUGAUGUUGAGCGAUGUCCAGCCUGUGUCUGCUGGCCAUCAGGUGAUCCAUGACCACACCUAUUGAUGCACUUUAGCACCUUUCCGGAGCCUUCCGCCCACUGUUCACCCUGCAGCUGAUGACCAAAAAGACUGCCCCGCUUCUCCGCGGUCGCCCUGAGCUACGCCCCUCCCUCAGCCUCACGCCCCUGCAGGACGCACCGGGAUGUUCCAGAGGGUCGCCAGCGCUCUGUUCGGGGACGACGUGCAGGAGCUGAAUCGAUGCAGCAGACCCGUUGUCGACAAAGAGGAAGAAGAAGAGGACGAAGACUGGAUUCUAGUCAACUACCUUGCUGAAGCCUGCUCCAGUCACUGUGGUGACGGCUUUCCUGGAUCCAGGGUCAGUCCUGGUGAGGAAGAUGGAGAAGAGGAGGGGGAGGAAGAGGAGGAUGAGGAUGACCUGGUGAUGAUCCCAUCCCCUAUAGCCAGUCCCGCUGUCCGCUAUGCCUCCUGCACCUCCCUCAACUCUAUGGCUGACACCGACCCAGAAGGCGGAGCAGAGGACGAUGAAGAUGUGGAUGAUGAGGAGGAAGGCGGCUUCCUGCGCCUGGACGCCGGCUCUCUGGAGGAGAGCUGGUUCGUCACCCCUCCGCCCUGCUUCACCGGCCGCAGCAGCCAGCAGGUCCUUCUGGAGGCCAGCCCUCUGGAGAACCUGCUGAUCGAACACCCCAGCAUGUCCGUCUACGCCCACCACAGCCCCCCGCGCUUGACCCUCGACCCCUUGCCACAACGCGCUCUUGACGGGGAGCUGGACUUUUUGUCCAGCAACAGGCCUUCCGACCCAACGAUCUCAGGCGGAAAGGAGAAGGCGAGAUGUGCGCUAGAUGGAGCUCGACACAGGCCAGAUGUAGCGGUUGUGCCGCGCCGCUCCAGUCUCCACUCCGCCUGCUACGCUGCGGCGCUCUCCCCCAACACCGGCCUCCUGCAGCCGCGGCCCAGCAUCGCGGCCCAGCGCGCCCAGCCGCUCUCCCGCAAGGCCCUGCGACGUCUCAACCUGCUGCGCCCACCCAAGGGUGGCACCAUCCACCUGCACCAGCCCAGCCAGAGGCACCUCAACUUCUGAGGCGCCAUGAUCCCCUCAACCCACCCCCCCAUUAUCAACCUCAGUACAAUACGGGAUUCAAACACUGGUCAUCCAUAAACAUCAACCUCUGUUUUUUUCGUCUCUCUCUUGUCAAGAAACAAACACCAGCAACCAACUAGUUACAUCAUCAACCACCGGUGACCCACCUUAAACUGAAAGGAUAGAGAAACAGGGAAUGUUUUUGUUUUUGUUUUGUAUCAGAUCAUGUGGCCAGUGGAGAGUCUCUUUCAUCCCCCUCUUUCCCCCCAUUUAUUCAUCCAUCCUCCUUCACAUUGAUGCUGGAAAGAAAGGAUGUAAAAAAAGAAAAGAAAAGAAAAAAAACUUAUCAAGUCAUCCCCCUUCCUCUUUAAGUCUUUUGCUUCUUCCCUCUUUUCUGACUACUUUAUGUCCAAUCACAGAGAGAAAGAGGUGCCACAGUGACUCCCUCACCUCUUUCUCUUCAUUGUUCUUAACGGACAACGUAAUGUGUAGAAAACAACGCUGUAGGUCACUUUACUCAGCGGCAGGUUCACGGUGUGGCAGGAUGUUCCUGUGGUGGUUUUUUUUUUUUUUUUUCUUUUUCAGGGUCUUCACAAAAAAAUGAUACAUGGAUGCCUGGCAACUUUUAAACAACUUUGCAAGGUGACAGGAGUCAUGAAACAUCCUAAAUCACUUGAAUGUGUUCAACACAGCAGUACAAAUUUUCUUUUUAAUCAGUUCAGGAAUGUUGUGAUGAAGAUUUGUGCGCAGAGUGUUGUCAGUAUUGCUGGUGCUAUACAGUAGGAGAGAAACAGGAACUUAAAACCUUAAAGGAUAAAAGCCUGUAAAAUAAUAUGAUAGCUGUAAAUGUCAAUUUUCCACCUGUUUCUACUACGUUUCUGCAUUUCACAAGAGAACGCGGUACUUCCACGGCUGAAGUGUUAAACUACAAUAUUUUAAGUCCAUAUUUGAAGUUCCUGGCGAGGAUGUAUUUGCUGUAGAUCCAUUUAGCCAACUUAGACGCGAUCAUGACAGGUUUUCCUGUUAAGCUGGAGGGUGUAGUGACUGAAAAGGGAGAGACAGUAGACAGUUUCAGACUUGCCCCUGUACCGUAGCUGCUUUUCCUCGUAGUCUGUUUUCUGCUCUUGUAGCCUCAGAUACUGAUAUUUAGUCUUUGUGUGUUUAUCUGAGAGCUUCUUGCCUUUUUUUUAUUCAUUUAACCUCAUAUUUCUCUAAUAUAGUCAGUUAUUUACUAAGAAUCGUAGAACCUCACAGUUAGAAAUGAAGCCAAGAAGCAAAACCCAAUAUCAGCAGCUGUUAUUGUGUUAGACCCUUGUUUAGUAGAUCAAUUUUCUUUGAUUUUUUUUUUUUAUAAUUCUUCUGAGCUCUCUAGCACCUAAUUUUUAUACCUACUUUAUUCUCCUGCAACACCACUAUUUUGUAAAUUCAACGCUUCCUGUGGCCCACACUGAACCUGCUUCUGACUUUAUAAUUCAGUACUUUUUUUUUGUUUCAAAGAAAAAAAAAAGACUUUAAAAUUUACUGGGUUAAAUAUCACUAAACGCCUUGUUUUAACGGUAGCUUUGAGAUGAAUAGAAAAGAUGUAAAAAAAAAAAAAGUAUGUUUAAAAAAAAAAAACUUCCAUGUUAUUUUUUGAAAAGAGAAAAAAAAACAAAUUACAUAUCAGUAUGAAGUUAUACACAUCUAUAGUUUCUUGCUUAGGUAUGUUUGGUUUACUGUAUGUUAGUGUGCGACGUGUUGCAUGGUUGUAGAGUUGUGUUCAUGUAACGGCAGUGGAAAAAGAAAAGAAAAUGGAAAAGUACUAUUUUUUUCUUCUUUACGUUUGUUCUCAAAUGAAUCUGCAGUCCACUUCUCAGGGUCACAACCAAUCACCUUUACACUUUAGGAAAAUGCAGAUUUACUUGAUGGCUGAUGAUUCUGUGCGCGCGCUUGGACUGUUCCAGCUCGUCCUUGCGAGCUUUUCCUCGUGAAAUCAUUUGCGAAAAGUUAAUUAACUUUUAGUUCAGUGUCUUAAAAGCUUAUUUUGGUCCCAGGACUGUGAAAAUAGACCGGCACCCGGUUAUUGGGAAUCCAUCAAGUUGCAGACAAACUGUUGGUGUUCAUCAGUGAUAUAUUAUUUUGCUCAAGUGUACCUAACAUGCUUUGAGAAAUCGACUAUUUCCUCUUGUUUUAUUUUCCAUUCUGAAUUAGUUACAUUUUGUUUUACUAAUAUUUAAACCAAAAAAAAAAGUAGCAGUGCUCUUUAACUUUUCACUAACGUGUAAUACAGAUGUUCUUUUGCAUAUAGUGUUUGUUAACCUAGGCCUCUUGGCCUCAGUGCUCUCAAAUAGUGGACUGCUUAGUUUUUGAAUGUGUCGCGAGGAACGCAUGACUGAGGCCGAGUCACCACACUGCAGGAAGACAGAAAUAUACAAUCAGUCAAAGUGACAGAGGGCUUCUCAAAAUCAUUACUGUAAAGGGGGAAAAAAAGUUAAAUUUAUAAUAACAAAGUACCGGUAGGUACAUAUAGUAUUAGACCAAUGAUCCAAAAAAGUCAAAUAUAACUCCUUUUCUCAAGAUUUUGACUCGGUUGAAGCCAAAAUUGGUCAAACUAAGAUAAGAGGAAUUUAUUAAAGCUUGAUUAUUGUCUAUUUAUUUGAUUUUUUCCCCACAGUUAUAAGCUAUGAAGCAGUGAUUUUGAAUCACACUCAACUUUUCCCCAGUCAGACAUGGGCUUCGCUUUAAGCUGUAAAUCUGACAUCAUCUUUAAUCAAGUGAAGAACUUAAACUUCACGUUUUGCGUUUUUACUCAAGAAUUCUUUGAAUGGUGUCAUUCAAACCUGAUAUUUUACUCGUCACCAGAGAUUGACUCACGUAAAGUUAUUCAGUUUGAAGUCAAAGUUCAGGGAAUGGAUCCUGUCGGUUCAGUACUGUAUGAACACGUUCGCUGAAAACGGUUUUAGAAAGCACGCAGUCACUUGGGAUGAAAACCUUUUUGCAGUGUGGUUUCGAGUCUUUGGUAGCGUUAGUGGAAUGGUAGCGUUAAAAAGAAAGCACUAACACACUUUUAUUAGCCCUUUUGUGUGUUUUGCUGUAAAUAAUGCAAUAGUGGAGGGAGUCUCUGGUGUAUUUAAUUUUUUCUUUUAGUUAUUGAAUGUUUCACUCUCUCUGCUAUCAGUUUUUUGCAAUUACAAGCAAUGUUUUAUUCUGUUACUGCAAUGUUUUUCAAAAAGGUAAAUUUAAAAGGAAUUGAAGAAGGAAUCGGAGGAGAUGUUAGAGGGUCCUCCUGCUGUCAGGAUCCUUUAAUGUUUUAUUUUUGUGUUUAGUUUCUGUUGUCAGCUCAUCUCUCCACCACAGUAACUAACAGGGAUUUCUAAUGUUUUUGUUCAAUGCCUUGAAAUUUGUGGAUCACGUGCCUUCCAGGUUGAAAUGUUGGAAUGACAAUGCAUCAAUGAAGAACUUGAACUCUUUUAAUUUUUUUUUCCAACGUUCUGAUUGGACGUAGUACAUAAAAAUAGAUAAAUAGACAUCAGAAACCAACUAUGCAUCACUCGGAGGAAGCUUAUACGCUCUCGCCGUCACCAUCCGCCCAGCCUGAGUACAGAUUUUUUUAAAUGACUCAACAAACCAGACAGAAAGAUGUAGCAAAACCUUUUUUCUCAUUUUUUAUUAUUAUUAUUUUUAAAGUGUGAAGAUUAUCUUGUGGCAUUUUUAUUUUUCACCGAGUGUUAGACAUAUUUGUUUAUUGUGUAGUUUACUGGAAUAAUACAGCACUUUGCCAAAAAGUAAAAAAAUAAAAUAAGAUAAAAUAAAAAAAAAAGUUGUAGGGAUUUCUGGGUUAACUUUUUAUUUAUCAACAUAACUGUUCUCCUUCUUUGUAUUUUUGAUGUAAGACCGAUCAAUUCACUCUGUUCUGAUGUCAGAAACAAAAAAAGCAAAUAAAAUGUGGGGUCAACUGUUUUGCAACUGUAAUAGUUAAUACAUGUGAUCUCUUAUAACUAUAAUAAAUGUUUUCAUACACAAAUGUCUGGCUGAGGGGCUUAUUAUUUU